AUGGAGGAGCUAUGCUACGUCUCCGAUGACGGCGCAUCCAUGCUCUUCUUCGACACCCUCUUCGAGACGGCCGAGCGCAUCGCCUCCUCGCCCGCCGCCGGCGAGAAGCCCACUCCUGAAGACCAAAAGCGAGGGGUGUUUUUACAAAAUUACCGCGACAUACGGCAGAAGCACUGCGCGCUUUAUUAUUAUAGGGGAGAUAUGUUGAGUACCCAUCCUCGCGAACCCUACCCAGCCACUCGUCGCCUCCUUCCCUUCCAGAUCGCCACCACCACCUUCCUCCCCAUCCCCUCCCCGCACCAGUGCACGCUGUCGUUCGCUUCUCCACCUGCAAGCGAAGCCGAGCCCGCGGUCUCCCUCCCCAAGAUCGCUCCGGGGCCCGCGGUCCUCCUCCACCUACAGCUCGUCCCCUCUACGAUCGUGUUGCCGACCUGUUCGUUGUUGGGCUUCGACGAGCUGAGUAGCAGAGCACCACCGACGGAUCCUCCUUCCGCCUGCAGUCGCUUGCCAUCCGGCGACGCACGGUUGCAGAGGUGGGAGGGAAGCAGAAGAGGGCGCGACAAGCUGCCACAUCUCACGUCCAAUUAUACUAUCGUCUCCAUCCUCUCUGAGCUUGGAGAAUACGUCUCGUUAUACAACACGCGUGGACCAAGUCUCAUUUAAUUUUUGUACUGGAUCAGUCAUAACUGUUGUGGACGUGGGAUAGCACUCCAUAAGCACCGGCCUUGUUCAUGGCAUGCCCUGUAGCUCUUCUUCCAGUGGAGAGCAGAAGAACAAGAGUAGAUGGCCUCGGCGGAAACAUACAUAUGUUAGCAUAUUGACGAAGGACUUGAUUCUGUGUUUUACUUUCUUGGGUGUACGCCGGGAACGCGCUGAUGUAUAUCAAACUUGUUUGUGCGCUUGCAUUGCAGACUUCUUUUGCAGAAACAUGGCAUGCCUGUAGCUCCUCUUCAUGAUUCGAGUUUACUAUGAAGAACGGAGUUAAGUGAUUUUUCAGUAAUAAUACAUGUAAGGAUUUCAGUUGUAAAUCAGUAGUCCGAAACAAGUGGUGAAACUAAAAUACAUCAUUUUCCAAA